GGAGUCAAUGCAGUACGAGCCGAGGUUCUAUCCAGUUUUCAUUCACGUUCUGUGAUUUAAUUUUUCAUCUGGAUAGAAUACGGAUACAAGAAAUUGGAGUCAUUAGUUAUUUUACUACAAUAUUAUUUUUUAUUCAUAUAUAUUAUAUAUAUAUAUACAUAUUUAUUUAUGGUCAAUGAAACGAAAAAAUCAAUAGAAUAUUUUGAAAACGAUAUAUAUAUAUCUGGUAUAAUUUAAUCCGAUAGUUAAGUGGUCGGACGUGCAGUUGAGUGUAAUUUGGAUAUUUAAUCAAUUGGCGGUGCUGUCAAAUUCUGUUUAAUAAUUUAUUAACAGAAGAUAUUUAAAAAAAAAUGAUGGUACCCUCUGAGAGAGUUCUUCACGAAGCGAUCCAAGUUAGUCCUUUGGAUCUUCCGGAUGAUGUCAAAAGACAAAAGAUUGAGAAUUUGUUGGCGCAGAUGAGAUUGUCUGCUGCGACAGCUAGAAAAAUACAAGAUAUUUUUCGAUCUGAAAUGAAUAAAGGAAUUCAUCAACAGCCGUCUUCUCUUCAAAUGGAAAAUACGUAUAUACCCGAAUUGCCUGAUGGAACAGAGGAAGGAUUAUUUUUGGCUCUCGAUUUGGGAGGAACGAAUUUUCGUGUUCUCUUACUAGAAUUGGUAAAUGGUGUUGUCGUAAGAGAAGACGUAAAAAAAUAUCACAUCGAUGCCCGUCUAAGAACAGGAUCGGGAAUGCCAUUAUUUGAAUACCUUGCUGAAUGUGUCAGCAAUUUUGUUAUCAGCGAGGGUCUUCAAGAUGUAGAGCUUCCUUUAGGUUUUACUUUUUCAUUUCCAAUGAUCCAACAUUCAUUGGAAACGGGUAUUCUAGUGACUUGGACCAAGAGUUUCAAUUGCCCUGAUGUCGUUAAUAAGGACGCAGUACAGCUAUUAAAAGAUGCUAUAGCUCGCCGCGGUGAUACGAGAGUUAAAGUAUUAGCUGUGCUUAAUGAUACCACAGGAACACUUCUUCAAGGUGCUACUCAAGAUCCUAAUACUGCUAUUGGUCUUAUCCUGGGAACAGGAAGUAAUGCUUGUUAUCUCGAACGAGCUGAUAAAGUCGAGCACUGGGAGCCUGAACGUCAUGGCGAGCGUGAGGUAAUUAUUGAUAUUGAAUGGGGUGCUUUCGGUGACAAUGGUGUUCUAGAUUUUAUUAAAACAGAUUUUGAUCGAGAAAAUGAUGCUAAUUCCUUAUUAGUUAAUUCAUUUACAUUUGAAAAAUACAUCAGUGGAAAAUAUCUCGGUGAAUUUGUUCGUGUUAUAUUGGCGAAGUUGUCAAAAGAUGGUUUAUUAUUUACGAGACAAGUUCCAGAAAGUUUACUUUCCAUAGGAACUUUUUUAACAGAUUAUAUAUCUCUCAUUGAACAAGACACAGUUAAUGGCAGUAGUGUUCAUACAAAAGAAGUACUGGCUAAAUUUAAUAUAGUACCUGACGAAGAAGAUUUAAAAAUAGUUCAAUAUGUCUGUGAACUUGCGUCAAAUCGUGCUGCUCUUCUAGUUUCAAUAUGUGUUGCAACGCUUCUCGAUCAUAUGGAAAGAGAUGAAGUGACAAUAGCUGUUGAUGGUUCUCUCUACAAACAUCAUCCACGAUUCGAGAAUUGGAUGAAUCAGUACAUUGGUUUAUUGACACCGGCUCGGAAGUUCAAACUUAUUCAUGCUCAAGAUGGAAGUGGUAAAGGUGCUGCAAUUGUUGCAGCAAUUGCAUUAAGGAUAAAAAAAAGAUUAGAAUAAGUUAAUUUAAACUAACUAUCGGUACGUCAUUCAAUUUCUUCAUGUUGAUAAUCAAGUCUUUUAUUUUGACGAAUCUAAAGAAAUACAAGUUUUGUUUGUUUCUUUUAGUUAUUCAUAUGGUUUUUUAUUUUAAGACUAAGAUUUUUAUACUUUAUUCCACCUAUUCGAUUAUGUAUAAUUGAUAAUAUUUCAUAAUUUUUAAUAGAGUUAGAUUUUUUUUUAUUUUACAGUAAGAAUUUAGUGUUUAAUUUUAAAAUAAAUUAAUAUUAUUUUUCAAUAGUAACUAUUUUAUUAUUUUCUAUAAAUAUAGUGUUGGUUUUACUUCAUCUUUAUUUACUUGUUUAUAUUUUUUCAUAAUGACAUUUAAAGGGUUUAUACUUCAUUCAUUUAUAUCUUACAAGGAAGGUAUCCGAAGUGUCCCUUUUGAACCCCCGGGCGCCAUUUGUCUUUGAUUUGGCUUGAAUAAUUAGAGUUUAGACGGCUCGGGAAAGUAGAAAAUCUAUCAGGGGAUAAUGGCUUAUUGGGAACCCGAAAGAAAACAAGUGGAGGAAGCCCUUUAUACACGGAAAAAAAAUUCUACCAAAAUUUACGAUGUUAACAUCGUAAUCUCGGACUAGACUUUUAUUAAUGUCAAUUUUUAAAUGUUUUAUUUCAAAAUUUAUUAUGUGGGUUAUAUUUUUUACUAUUUAACAUCGUAAUUUUAACAAAGACUUUUAGGAUUAAAAAUUACUGCAAAAAUUACAAUUUAACAUCGUAAAUAAAAAUAAAUAAAAAUUACACUUUAAAAACUAUAUUUAUUCGUACAUUCAAUAUUUCUAUUUACUUUUUAACAAAAUAAAUAUUACAGUGCUGCCUCUGUUAUAAUACGAUGGAAGCUAUAAAAAGUACGAUGUUACAUCGUACUUUUUAAAUAGUAACUGGGUCCUCCGCAAGUCGUUUAUAUGGAUCUUAAAAACAACCUAAAGUGUAGGCCCUUCAGUGGCCGAGUGGUCCAAGGCGUCGGACACUUCGCACUCGAAAGGACUCGGGUUCGAAUCCAACUGCCGAACGAUUAUUAUUUUAAUCUUUUAUUUAAAAUUUCUCUUCAAAUUUUACGAUGUUACAUCGUAAUUUAUAUUAAAGAGCUUAAGACUUCGUAUUGUUUGUUUGAAGUAUUAUUUCUUAAAUGAAAUUUCCAACCCUACAUUGUAAAAAUUACGAUGUGAAAAGUCUAGUCCACCAAUACAAUAAUUAAUAGGACAAAUUACGAUGUUAGCAUUGUAAAUUUAACUAGAAUUUUUUUUCCGUGUAUAGGGAAUAGGAAGAAGUUGCACCCCACCACUAAUCCUACGCAACCAUGUUGACCAGAGCUGGGAGUUUGGUACCACGGGGGGCCUGUCCAAGUCCACUGCAACCAGAGUCUCUUUAUUUCCUGAGAUGGGAGUAGUGUUUGGCCCGAGAGAGGAAGGACUCGUGGUAGCUGUGGUUAGAUACCACGCGCAAUGAGGAUUUUUGAUUAUACCUUCGGUUAAUGUCCACCUUAGUCGUCACUUUAUUGUAUUUAUCGACUAAGAGUGACGACUAAGUGUCGACUUUAUUUCCAUAUUCUAAAUCCAAAAACAUCAAGUGGUUGAAUAUUUCCAGUUGCUCCUUUAGGUGUAAUCGUGCAAAUUUGCGAAAAUUAAAAAACAGCCCUUUGGAGCCUAAACUUUGAGGGGUGGUUUCACCCCAUAGAUAUGUUUUUCCGCGGCUAAUAAAAAUACGUGUCCCUUUGAUGACAACGGAGAAUAACAUAUCUUAGUCUCAUCGAUAUUGGAGAGGGACACUUGGGAUACCUUCCUUGUUAGUAUAUGAGAAAUUGGCCUUAUUGAUAUGGUAAAGUAUAAAAAAAAAUUAAAAAAAAAAAAUUUAUAAGUUAUCAAUACAUUGUACAUAUUCUUCAUAAAUUGAUUAUUUUUUAUGUGAUUAAAAAAUUUUUAUUAGAUCGUUUCUUUAUACAUCAAUAUAUAUAAGAACCAGAAAUUAUUUUUACAAUUAUGUCAUAAAAAUGAAACUAUUCUGGAUUUACUUUACACGGAGAGAAAAUUAUGGUUUAUGGUGACCGUUCAGAGUACGUUUAUAAAAUAACAAACCAUAACGUUAUUGUAAUAAUUACUAAGAAUUAUGGGCAUAAUACGUGGUAAUCAUUACCAUAAUGUAUGUUAAUCAUUACCGUAAUAGUAUGGAACCGAUUACUAUAAUAUAGUAAUCAUUACCGU